AUGAUGCAGAUAAUGCCGAUAUUGGUGGCAGACGAGAGUGCAUUGAAGGAUGGACCGGAGGGAGAGCUGCGUGCUUUGCAGGUCAAGGCGUUCCGGCUGUAUGCCGUGUUCUACAAGGCGUUUAUGGGGGUCCACACAGCGGUGGCCAUUCCGCGCACAAGAGGCGGCGAGCUGGUGGCCAAAGGGACAUUUGUGAAGGCGUCGCCCCGAGAGAGGUGGUAUUCGGAUGUGGCGCUGCUCAAUGACAAGGGUGGGGACUGCUGCAACCUCACGGGAUGUACGCAGCUGCACAAGACAGUGGAGGAUGUGAGGUUCUCGAUGGUGGAGCUGAAAAGCCUGCAGAGAGUGGUGCACGUGUGCCCUUCGUACAGCAACAAAAAGGCCCUGCUUGCUACCGCACAUCCGGAUGACGUGUUCUGCUUCCACGAGAUUAAUUUUCUUCCCAGCCGGCUGCCGAAGUCGUACAUUCCGGAUAAGCGCAAUGUGGUGGAGCGUAUCGUCAGCGUCGGCAUCCUCUUCAACGCGACGGGGAGUUGUUCCGCAGUGCCUCUUGUGGUGCUAGAGCCAUCCAAUAGGCCCGAGCGCCGGCGGGCGAGCGCCGCAUCGCGCAAGGUGGCCGUUCGCCGUGAUCGCAACACCAUCAUCCUCACCAUUCACAAGGCGCAUCACAUCACAGGCAAGGUGGCGCCGCCCGUCGCGGAGCACGGCUUCAGUGUGCAGCACCUCACGAACACCCGAGUCGUCAACAUUCGUGGAUCGGUUCCGGAGACGGGCCUGCCGCACCUGCAGGGAGUGGGUGACGCGCUAAAGGCGUAUUACCGCGUUAUGGUGAUGAGGCGUGCGAUAGCGUCCAAGCGGUUCCAGUUCGACUAUUCGGCUUCCAUCGCUGAUGUCGACUAUAGCGACAUACUCGAGUGGGUGGGAGAAGCGUGGACUCGUGUGCGCACGGCUACCAUGCAGCGGAGCUGGUGGCGCGCAGGAUGCGUGCCGGCGAGCUGGCCGCCCCUGAUGGCGUACCUGGGUGACACGUGCGCAACCAGCAUGUUCGAGCCUAUUAUUUCGGUAUGCGUCGAUUCGCAGUUGCUCAUCGAGAAGUUCAAGGUAAAGCCUGCGUGCUACAUGACGACCGCGGAUUUUAUCAACUGCGACGCGGGACUAUGCUUGGAUCAGGGAUUCAGAGCCACACCUGCUGCCAGCGCGUCCGAUGACUCGUCGGGCGACAUGAGCCUGCCAGACGGCCCAUUGCUGCGGGACGAGUGUAGUAAGAGGCGCGUGAUACGCAACGUCACAAACGCGUACGUGGAGCGUGCCGAUGAGCUCGGCAUCCCCCCGGCGGCUAUGCCAGCAGAGGUCGGAGCAUCGAACCAGAAGGUGAUUUCCCGCCUAUGCAGGACGCCUGUCAAGAGGGCUCGCGCAGGGGGGCGAGCUGAGAACGGGACAGCCGAAGAAGUGCUGCGGAGUGAUGAAGUGCUGGAGAGUGAUGACGACCAGUAG